GCCUUCUGUCCUUCCCUAAGACGCUGCUUAGUGUCUGCACAGGGGCCCUAGAAGGAGUAGAGGGCCUGGGAAUUGGUUGGUGGCUAGGUAAAUGUGUGUGCGGACUGUAGUCCUCCGCCUUCUUCCCACGCUUGCCUCCAUCAGACUCCCCAGACAGGUCUGGAUGGCACUUCUUUCCCAGGGCAAAGAAGACUUGUAAGGGGGCAGCUGGGCUUGUUUUAGCCUGCAGUAGAGAUGAGAUUAGGUGAACUGAAGGCUGGGACCAUCCUAAAUUCAACAUCAAUGCCAGCUGCUGCAUUAACGACAUAAAUAUGGGUGCAGGAGUUGAUUCUUCCCUGGCCAAGAGGAGAGAACUGUUUUUGGCUGGUGUGAUGAAACCGUGCACACUAGACUGUAGUGUAGACAGUGGUAAGUGAUAGCAAGAGACAGGCGACAUGAGAGAUUGGGCUACAUGCUGCAUCCGUGAACUUACUGGUAGAAGAAAUAAUCUAGAGCGAGACUGAAGGACGUUUCAAGAUGGCCAAAGAAGAGCCCCCAAGUGUCUCCAGAGACUUACAGGAGCUGCAGAGGAAACUGUGUUUGGUGCUGGAGUCCUUCCAGAGUAACUCAAAGGUGGUUGCCUUCAUGAAGUCCCCAGUGGGUCGGUACCUGGACAAGCAUCCUUUCCUGGCUCUCACCGUGCUGAUGUUUGUUAGCAUGUCAGCCAUCCCUGUCGGCUUCUUCCUGCUCAUCGUGGUGCUCACCUCCCUGGGUGCUCUUAUGGGGGCCAUAAUACUGGAAGGACUGAUCAUCUCUGUGUGCGGCCUCUCACUUCUCUGCAUCCUCUGUGGCAUGGGCUUUGUAUCGCUUGCCAUGUCAGGAAUAGCCAUGAUGUCCUAUGUGGUCGUGUCCUGCCUCAUGAGCUACUGGUUUUCUCCCAGGCCACUGACCCAGCAAAAUGCCAACGCUGACUGUCAGCUGGCUAUGAAGUCCACAGACUUCGAGGGGCUCUACCAGGAAUGACGGGCGGAACGGAAGCAGAGGUUGCACUCUAAGCAUGCUGGGAAAGCUCUCCCUUUCGACUCUUGCGUCAUAGCUCAGAGAGAGGGCUGGAGGCUUGCUCUGCUUCGCCACUCACUGUGUCUAAAUUUCUGCAGGGGCCGGCCGCCUCCCCACCCCUCCCCACUCCCCAGGAUGCAGUCUUGACCUUGGCAGAGUCCCAGGCUUCUUGAACCGGGAAGCUUGACCACUAGGGACUGUGGGUUGAGUCCCAGGCCCCAAAUGGGAGUAAGGUAGAUUUGUUUGUGAAGUUUAGUUUCAUUUUAUUGGGGGGGGGGGGAUGAAGAAGAGGGUUUUUCCCUCAGUUGUUUGAAAUAAGAGGUAAAAAGAAAGAACCCAAAGAGAGCCAGCUCUUCUACCUUUUAUCACUUUUUUUCUCAGAAAGAGCAGCAACAUCUGGGAAUCGUGGCCUUUUUAAACUUGAAAAGCAAUCUUAACCUUGCAGCCAGGUGUCCUUUAGAAAAAGUCUCAAGGCUUAGUUGUUGAGUGCCUUGAUCUUUGACAUAUUUGCACUUGAUAUGUUUAUAUUGUUUUUUAAAAGAGCUUGCAGUAUCAAGCAGUUUCUUAACAAACAAACAAACCAAACACAUACUGAAGACUACAAAGAAAAAAAAAGCCUGUGUGAUUUCCUCUAAAUUUACUAUGGUAUUCUAUUAAAUAUUUAUUUGGUUCUUGUUAUGUUCUCUUUCCUACCCA